GACAGGUUGGAGCCCUUUGAAAGCCCAUAAGUGUUAUUUUUCUUGUUGGAUUAGGACCAUUGUUGUCGUUUGAGGAACAUAACAAAAUACAGGCAUUGAGAUAAUUGAACCACCCCUCCGAAAACAAAAGAGCCCUACUUUAGCUUUGACCCUUCUUCUCUCUCUAUCUUUUCAUGUAGACCCAGCCUCUCUUUUGACACUCUCUCUCUCAAAAGCUCUUCUGUUUCUCUCUCUUUCUCUCUUCCUUUCUUGUCUCGCCCUCCACAUAUUUUCAGGAAAGAGUAAGCCAUUUAAUUCUUUGAUUCUAUCUCUCUACAGUAGUUGGUAAGUGAAUGGGAGAGAAAGUUGGCUUCUUUUUGCUUCACUGCUAAAGCAAAGGGCUUUCAAAGCUCUGAUCUUUGAAACUAUAUCAGCACAUAGGUGUUAGUGGGGUUCUGGAUCCAAAGUUGUAGAAAUCAGUUUGCUGUUGAUGGAGUUGAAGAUGAAAGUAACUAAGAUUGCUAGCUGAGGGAACCGUGCAUCAAUGAUUCGGGGUAAGUGGUGGGUUUGUAUGGUCCAAUCUAUGUAACAAGUUUGCCUUCUCUCCAUGGCCUCAAAAUCUGGUUCCAGACCUUCCCCAACAAUGCAAAGGAAACCAUUUGGUAGCCAAACAAUGGAAGGGAAUUUUAGUCAGCCUUCUCCUAUACAAAUCACCAAGACAGUCAAAUCAGAGCUGGUUACGCCAAAGACAGUACCUAUGAGUGUGCAGCAAGAUGCAUCCAAACAAGAUUCUGUUGCAACCAGAGAGGAUAUAAAACCACUGAAACCUCAUAAAUUAGAGUCCGUUGAGCUCUUGACAAAGAAAGUAGAUUCAGAUCUAUCCUUGGGUAAUCCCGAAGAAGUUCCAAAUAAUGUUGGUUCUGAAGUGAGUCAGAUUGGCGUGUUACCAGAAGCUUCUGCUGAACAAGAAAAGAAAGCAUCGGAACAUGGAAUUAAUUCAGCUUCAGCUAAAUCCAGUGAUGGGGCCUCGAGCCUUGUCAAGACUAGUGGAAGUGCCAAAGUUGGUGAUCAUCCUGAUUAUAUUGAGAGUGGUAAGAGAAGUAUGUGUAGAGGUAGCACGAGCAGUGAUUUGAGCGAUGAAAGUACGUGUAGCAGCUUAAAUAGCGGUAUCAACAAACCUCAUAAAGCAAAUGAUAUAAGGUGGGAAGCCAUUCAAGCUGUCCGAGCAAAAGAUGGUGCAUUGGGCUUGAACCAUUUCAGAUUGCUGAUGAGAUUAGGCUGUGGGGAUAUUGGAAGUGUCUAUCUUUCAGAAUUAAGUGGAACAAAGUGUUAUUUUGCUAUGAAGGUGAUGGACAAAGCUUCUUUAGCAAGUCGUAAGAAACUUCUUCGAGCUCAAACAGAGAGAGAGAUACUACAAUCCCUGGACCAUCCCUUCCUUCCAACAUUGUAUACCCAUUUCGAGACUGAUAAAUUUUCAUGUUUAGUAAUGGAGUUCUGCCCUGGGGGUGAUUUGCAUACACUACGACAGAGACAACCGGGAAAGCAUUUUACUGAGCAAGCAGUAAAGUUCUAUGUAGCAGAGGUUCUCCUAGCUUUGGAAUAUCUCCACAUGCUUGGUAUUGUUUAUCGUGAUCUCAAGCCAGAAAAUGUUCUUGUUCGAGAAGAUGGACAUAUAAUGCUUUCAGACUUUGACCUUUCCCUCCGUUGUGCUGUUAGUCCCACACUAGUCAAGUCAUCCACACUUGAGUCUGAACCGUUGCGAAAAAAUCCAGUUUAUUGUGUACAACCAGCUUGCAUUGAGCCCUCCUGCAUCCAGCCAUCAUGUGUGGCCCCUACAACAUGUUUUUCACCUCGCUUCUUUUCAUCAAAAUCCAAAAAAGACCGGAAGCCCAAGAAUGAAAUGGGGAACCAAGUCAGUCCAUUGCCCGAACUUAUUGCUGAGCCAACCAAUGCUCGCUCCAUGUCAUUUGUGGGAACCCAUGAGUACUUGGCACCUGAAAUUAUCAAGGGUGAGGGACAUGGAAGUGCAGUUGACUGGUGGACUUUUGGGAUCUUCUUGUAUGAGCUAUUGUUUGGUAAAACUCCUUUCAAGGGGUCUGGGAAUCGAGCAACCCUCUUCAAUGUUGUAGGCCAGCCCUUGAGAUUCCCAGAAUCACCAGUGGUAAGUUUUUCAGUCAGAGAUUUGAUAAGGGGCUUGCUGGUCAAAGAGCCACAGCAUAGAUUGGCAUAUAAGCGAGGGGCAACAGAGAUUAAGCAACAUCCCUUCUUUGAAGGUGUAAAUUGGGCUUUAAUUCGAUGUGCGAGUCCACCAGAGAUUCCAAAACCGGUUGUGAUAGAGCAGAUCCCAGCCCCCAAAUCAUCAGCUGGUGAUAAAGCGGCUGCUGUUCCUGCUGCCAAUGAUCGGAAUAACUAUCUGGAAUUUGAUUUCUUUUAAUUAUUCUCAGAACCAUGUUCCUGUUUGUUUUCCUUUUUCUAUUUGAGAGAAAUUUAGAGUUUAUGAAAUGUUGAUGAUGUGCAAAUUAGGAUUUCUAGAAUGAUAAUGAUCACAUGCUUGAUGACUUAAUUUUCACAUUUGUAUUUGCAUAAGUGAAAACAUCAUGUUGGUUCUGCAAUACAUCUUUUCCUGAGAAUUGUAGCAUACUUGAAGGCUAUAGUCUUGAUUUUCUCCAGGAUGUUAUAAAAGGAUCAAAUAUUGAAAGAGCUUCUAAGUGUCUUAAAUGAUAUCUCUUCUGCUCGUCUGUCCUUCAAUGUUAGAAACUCAAUUUUAAAGUU